CUUUACAUAGCAAAGAACUAAGGUUAAAGUUCUCAGGGGUUAAGGAAAAACAACUGAAAAUUAACAGUGAAUUUGACAACCAAAGGGCAAUGUCCUCUCUGGGGAAAUGUUUCAUCAAGAUAUGAAAAGAAUUUGCCACCCAAGUAGAAAGCCAUAUAAGCUAUAGGAACAAAAGAGUAAGUAAUUCCCUUGAACCUGAGAGGCAGGAGCCUUUAUCUAAGAAAAGAAUCUAAAGAAAUGGCAGUAAUUUCAUCAUAGUUCGUCUCCCAGCUGGAUUGCCACAUCCAACCUAGAGGGCAAAACUUCCCACUAGACCUCACUACCUGCAUCUCUUCGCUGGAUGUCAUCUAACAAAUUCCCUGGAACAUCUGGAUCCAAUAUGAUUUAUUAUCUGGUUGUAGGUGUCACAGUCAGUGCUGGUGGCUAUUAUACUUACAAGACAGUCACGUCAAAGCAAGCCAAACACACAGAACAUAUAACAAAUUUGAAUGAAAAAACAAAAGCAGAGUUACAUCCACUUCAAGGUGAAAAAGAGAAUGUGGCAGAAGUUGAGAAAGCGAGUUCAGAAGCUCUGGAAGUUUCUGUUGUGCAAGCUGAGGUGGUAGGUGCUGAAGACAUUGCAGAGGCUGCAGUUGGGGACGUAGAAGAGUCCACGGGUCCCAGUGGUGUGGAGGCCACUAAGGAGGAGGUGACGGCUGUGGGUGCUGAAACGGAGCCCAAGGUUACAAGUGCGCAGAUGGGUGACACCACAGAGGAUGGUUCUGAAAUGACCCCAGAGGCUACGAAUGUAGCAGCAGGUGAAGGCAUUUCCACCUGUAACAAUCAAGGUAUUCCAGAGAAUGACUGCUCCCAGGAAUGUGCUGAGCCGGAAGGAACUUCUCCAGCUGAUUCCCAGUCCUCUGCUGGGCAUUUGCAGGAAGAAGCUGACGCUGGUUCCCAGGCUGCCUCAGGCUAAUCUCCUGCCAGUAGCCGGUUCUGCAAAAAACAAAAAACGUAAUAGUGUGUCUAAUAGCUGCCUUUGUAUUUUUAGUAAUUUUGGUUUUGAAAAGACAUCUUCCUAAAACAGUUCGAUGAUCCCUGAAGAUUUUUGGUAUCUUCUGGUAGAGUUUUGAGAGAUUUCCAAUUUUACAUUUCUUAAUUAUUUUCUACUCUCUAAAAUUAGAUCAUGACAUUGCAGUAAAGAGUUUAUAGUUUUAGCUGGGUACAGUGGCACACGCCUGUGAUCCUAGCAGCUUCAGAGGCUGAGGCAAGGAGGCUCACAAGAUCCAGGCCAGCAUCAGCAACUUAGUGAGAUCCUGACUUAAAAGAAAAAUUUAAAAGGGCUGGGGAUGUGGCUCAGUGGUUGAGCACCCCUGGGUUCUAUUCCUGGUACCAAAAAAAAAAAACAAAAACAAAAAAAACAAAAAACAGCUGAAAUAGUUUUACCUUGAAUUUAAAUUUUGCAUUAUAGAAAUUAUCUCUAUAUCUUGUUUUCACUUUAAUUUUGCUCUUUUUGCUCUGCUUUUACCUUUAUUAUGUAGAACUGGAUUAUCAAGCUCAAUUUGAACUCAUUUAAAUAAAAUUAGAAAAUCUUUA